UAUCCCAUCGACUCGACAUUGUUCAGAUUGAACUCUGAAAAUGCAAAAAGUAAAAAACAAAUUCAAAUAAGCCAAACGUAUAAAUAAAAGGAAGGGUAACAGAAAAUACAAAAAACCACAUUCGUUGCGCAGUUGAAAAUUGAAAUGAAGGAUGACGAUGCCCUUCCCAUAUCAACGCCGACGGCACCUUCAUCAUCAUCGUACACAACUUCCAAGAAGGAAACUUCCUCCUCCUAUCCCGCCAUUUUCGGCAGAGGUCGUUACAAGUUUUGGGCUUUUGCCGCUAUUUUAUUGCUAGCUUUUUGGUCUAUGCUCACCGGAACUGUUACUCUCCGUUGGUCCGCCGGCAACCUCAACGCCAUCUCCGAUAAUAUCGACAUUCCUCUCCCCGAAGAUCUCGACGUUCUCGAAAUGGAAGAAAGGGAGAAGUUAGUGAAGCAUAUGUGGGAUGUAUAUACAAACAGCCGUGGGAUCAAAAUGCCAAAGUUUUGGCAGGAAGCAUUUGAGGCGGCAUAUGAGGAGUUAACAAGUGACGUUCCUGGAGUUUCCGAAGAUGCCAUUUCUGAGAUCGCUAAGAUGUCUGUACGCUACAUUCCUAUUGAAUCGCCACCUCUCCAUUCAUCGGGAAUACGAGAAUUAAGUCUAAGGCAAACGAAGAGCGAACAAACAACUGCAACAGGGAGAAAGUUAUGACUUGGAGAAAUCAAGAACCCCCCAUUUGCGUGGUUGCCGCUUUUUCACACACGAUAAAUUGUGAUUUAUGCCAUCUGCUGUCUGGGAUUGACGAAGGGAGCAUUUGGGAAAAGAUUACACUGACAUGCAUUGCAUUUUUGCUGUAAGGACAAAACGAUGUAUCUAUUUAGGUUUUGAUACUUGUAAUUUUUUUCUCCUUUAUUUUCCUGUCUUCCUAAUGAAAGCACAUAUUGGUGAAAAACUCAAACAGUAUCAUGAUUGGAUUAAUUCAUGCGAAAAGAAAAAUCUGGUGUUGUUGCUACA